UUGGUGAGCCGUACACAGGCCUCCCGUGUGCUGUGUGUGUCCUCUGCAAACACUGAUUGAACCGCGGGCGUUGCCAUGGCUACACGCAGACCCAAUGAGAAGCUCGCGGUAGACUGUUGCUGAAUGAAAAUAACAGAGGCCAUUUUGCGAACGAAGCCAAGACAUCAUUCACUAAUAACGAAAAACGGAAACGGAGGCAGAGCCGGUCCAUUUCUGGACUGACGCCGCUUCUCUUCUCCAGAGUCGCUAGGGUCGGGACUGCGGCGCGGCUCGCGCAUGUAGUCGAGAAAGAAAGGCAGGCGGUAACUUAAUUGUGCCGCCUUCUCCUUGGAGUGUCUUAAGGAGAGGGGACAGGUUAUUUUCACCGCAUUGCUGUCCGAGGCCCAGUGACCCCCCGGGAGAGAGGGAGUAGCCUUCAGUCAAGGUUGGCACAACAUCCAUGCGCGUUGAAAACAGGUGUACGGUUUCAUCACACAGUAGCUCCCGAAGCCGCCGUAGCUUCACGGUGUGUGUCACUUCUGCGCCUGUCCGAGGACUUCACUCGUUUUAUAUGGAAAAGACAUGUUAUUAGACAUGUUUCGGGAAUUUGUCCGGUGAGGUGGCAGCUGUGUUAAGGCAUUGAACGGGGAUCUUGGGACUAAAGCUUGAGCGGGAGGAGAUACUUGUCCUGAGCAGAGGAGAGAAAGUGGAAGGCACAGGGGGACUUUAAGUCACAACGCCAUACGUGACUCUUCUUAGCACUUCUCCAGUCUUUUGGGUUUAUGACGGAAAGUGUGUGCCCCUGCUGCCGAUCAGUAAGAAGUGCUCUUCAAUAUGAAUACAGAUAGCGGAGGAUAUGCUCGCAAAUGUGUGGCCUUGUCACUCAUGCUCUCUCCCAUGAAGAGGGUCCAGAGCUCACCAAAUCUAGCCACAGGGAGUGAUUCUCACUCAUCGGACUUGGAUUCUUGGCGGUCACACAGCGCAACAGACGGCCUUAAAAACGGAGAUGCUAGCAGCUCAUCGCUUGCUGCCAAAGGCUUUCGCAGCGUCAGACCCAAUCUGCAGGACAAAAAGUCCCCCUCACAGGAUAUCAGUCCAUUGCCAUUGCCACCCCCCAGAAAAGAGAGUUUUCACUUCUCGCCUGCAGGCACUAAUCCUCAAAAUUACAGUUCCCUUAUUGGCCUGGCUAAUGAUUUGAGUCCUGGAAUGCUAACAAUCACUAAAAAUGAGCAAGCAGUCUUGAAAGAGUCCUACACUGUAAGAAGCACAUCAUCCUACUCAUACUCAGAAACCAGUGCAAACACAGUCCAGCAGCUGAAUGAGUCCGUUGUCUCGAAUGACACAAGCAAUGCUAAUACAAAAGAACGUAAGGUGUCUUCCCUUACACUAACUCCUGUCACCAUCCCUGACCCUCCUGCACACCUCAAUUCUUGUGUUGAUCCCCAACAUAAGACCCAAACCACAGGGUCCCCUCCACCCACUUCCUCACCUCCACAAAGAAGUCCCAUCCUAUCUCAACCCGUGACACAGACAGCUUCGAUUUCUGUCCGCUUGGACAAAGAGAAUAAAAAAAAUCCUGCUUCAUCUAAGACAAACUCCAAAGUGGAACUCGAGGUCUCAGAUCAAAUGGCAGCUCCAGCUCCAUCCCAGGUGGAGAUGACGAAGCCUCCUCCUGCAAUUCCACCAAGGCCUUCUCCUGCAAAACUGUUGGGGCCUCCCUCGCCUGACCCCACAGCACGGCACUCCCCCUAUCGCUACCACAGCUCAGAGUCACUUGACUACCUGUCAGGUCUAAUGCCCAAGGCACUAUCACCCACUCCGUAUGUCCCAAGUGGAGCUGGUGGCACAGCUGGUGCGGCCAGCGGGCCAAGCCACGGCGCAGUCAGCAGUGUGAGCUGUGCCUCGCCCUCGGCUUCCCCCGUUACCGUGUCAGCUCUCAGCCACUACUCGACAUCCACGGUCGGUCUGCUGGACGAGCUGCAGAUCUGUAGCCUGGACUCGCCUGUCGCCUCACCCACGCCAUCGCCCACUCUGAGCCAUGUCUCUACCUACACGCCCACUGCUGGCCGUGAUGAUGUGCUAACAACCUCUGUGGCCUCCACUGCUGCAGCAGCCACUUUCACUAAUGGCCAGGUUCUUUCUCACGCAAUGAAUGGAAGUACUAGCCAUCCACAUAGGCCGCUGUCUCCCCCGUCAUAUCCUCCACCUCCUGUCUCACUCCACACGGGGCUUCAGAGACAGAGCAGGAGUUCAGAGGGCAGUGAAACAGUCACCAGAGAGUCUGUGAUGUCAGGGCACACCAGCAUCAGCAGCACUGUGCCCAUUGCCCGUUUCUCAGAAGAAGAAAAGAAGGUGUCGGUCGUUAAAGCCCCCCACUACGAAGGCAUCGGCCCAGUUGAUGAGUCAGGCAUUCCUAUCGCCAUCCGCACGACGGUGGAUAGGCCCAAAGACUGGUACAAAACUAUGUUCAAACAGAUUCACAAAGUUCACAAAGCAGAUGACGACUAUUCCGACACAUACAAUGCUUCAUAUGCUCUCGUAAACAAUGAUAACUACAGCCUGUCAUCCAGCACCACCAUGGCCCACCCUGCCCCUCGGACACAUACGUACAGGCCUCUGUCCAAGAGCCCCUCGGAUAACAAUGAAGGGCAUCUUGGACCUCGGGAGCUUUCACCAUCCCCUGUACCCCCACCACCUCCACCCAUGCCAUCCCUUCUCCAACUGAGGGCGAGAGACAGUGAUCGCGAGAGGGACUUGACAGACGCCAAUGAAUGGGGUCCUCCAGACCGAAAAGUGGACACGCGAAAGUACCGCGCAGAGCCCAAGAGUAUUUUUGAGUACGAGCCUGGGAAGUCCUCUAUCUUGGAGCAUGAAAGACCAACCUAUGAUGACAUAGAUUUAGAGAACGAGCCUUGGUAUAAGUUCUUUUCCGAGCUGGAGUUUGGGCGGCCGCCUCCUAAAAAACGGCUGGAUUAUAAUCCAGACAUCUCCGCUCGCCAGCGCAUUGAGACAUCCCUCCACAUCACUCCUGCUGACAAGGCUCCAGAGAGACCUGCAAGUGCUGCCAGUGACUACAGGAAGAGAAGGAAGUCUGAGCCGUCAAGCUCCCAAGUGAAUGCUCCAUCUCAGAGCCGAGCUGCAACUUCCCCUAAACCAGUGGAUGCCUACAGACCCAGCAGCAGCCUAAAGAAACCCGUCAUUCGUUCCUCACCAUCCUCACCCUCCAGAGCCAAAGACCAGGACAUCUCCAGGAGUUCCACACUGGAUGGACGCCACACACCCCAGAACAGAAGACCCACUCCUGACAGAGAGGUCUCCCAUAAACAGAUGACACAACUUAUUCUGUUCUCUCUCCUCCAUCAGAAACAACCUGCAAGAGCCAUUUAUGAUUUUAAGGCACAAACGAGCAAGGAGCUGACAUUUAAAAAGGGUGAUGCAGUGAACAUCAUCAGGCAGAUAGAUAACAACUGGUAUGAAGGAGAACACCGUGGGCGAGUGGGAAUAUUCCCUAUAGCAUAUGUAGAGAAGAUGCCAUCUUCAGAGAAGCAGCAGCCAAUCCGUCCUCCUCCUCCAGCACAUGUCAGAGAGAUUGGAGAGGCAGUGGCCCGCUACAACUUUAACGCUGAUACUAACGUGGAGUUGUCACUGAGAAAGGGUGAGAGAGUGAUUGUGAUAAGGCAGGUGGAUCAGAAUUGGUAUGAGGGGAAAAUCCCAGACACAACCAAACAGGGGAUCUUUCCUGUGUCCUACGUUGACCUUGUCAAGCGAUCUCCAUCCAAAAGCUCCGCCCAUCACAUAGAUCCACAUGGUUACCCCAGCAACAGGACACCAAGCUCCACACCCGUCAAGCCUUUCUAUCAUCCACCUCCACCACCCACCACCCACAAACCCCCCUCCCCUCACCCCUCUUUGAGAAGCCUUGACCUGCAAGCCAUCACCACCGAGUGGCUGUCCCUCACAGUGGAGCCGUCAGCAUCCACUCAAGCUCGCUCCCUCACGAACACCCCUCUGCCGCCCACACCGCCUCCUCUCCCCUCUGACCUUGCAUCUCUCCUAAAGGCUCAAGAGCCCAAAGCACUCUCAUCUGCACAGCCACAAAAAAGUUUCACCUUGUCAUCCCUAGCAACCACAGCCUGCAAAGAAUUUUCCAGAACGCCCACUUUUAAAGACGCAAACCUCAGUUUAGGUCACACCACAGCUGUCUCACCCAUCUCCCCCCCUACUCCUCCUCCUCCAGACCCCCAUUUCUCAUUAACCUCUCCACUGCCUGACUCUUCAUUUCAAUAUAACUGUGGCAGAGGACUGCAUAUCACUGAGGAAGACUCAAACUUAGGAAUUACUACGCCUGAGGUUUUAUCAGAGCCGAUAAAAUCAGCCACACCUCCUGCACAAGAGCACAAAUCCACAGUACGAGUAAACAAAAGCAGGGAAACCCCAGACACUAAACUGCAAGUCAAAGACCCUUAUGAUGAGCUGUUGUGCAUGUUUUUGGAUGGUUCCAGCAGCACAGAUGAUGGUGAUGUUUUGAGAUCAUCUCCAGUAGAUUCUUCAGCAGCUAAGCUGACCAAAACGUCCCAAAGCAGGCUCUUCCCAUUAAAAGCGGAAGAAUCCCAUCAGUCGGACGUAAAGCCCCCAGCGGUCACUCCUGCAAGCAACUCAACAGGCAGCUUUCAGUUAGCAGUGCAGCUUCACAAGCCUGUAACAAUGGAGCCCCUAUGUGUUUCGUGGGGAGAGCAGUCAAAAAAUGUGAAUGGGCAACGUUUUGACUCACAUAGACCACCGUCAGUACAAGCAAAGGAAUACACUGAGUUGUUCAUUGAAGAAGACGAUGAAGCUAGAAGUGAGAAAGAGCAGGAUGUUAGAGUUUUAAAUCAGAUGCACAGCCCACAGGCUGAAGUGUCUCCAUCUACUCAGUUUCCCCACAAUGGUCCCUCCUCCCCCUCCACACCACCCCCUGUGACCUCCCUGCUUUCCACUUCUUUUUCCUCUGCUUGCCCUUCAUCCUCUUUCUCCCACACACAACAGCAGCACAAUCGUAGUAUCGUCCCUUCCUGUGACCAUGCCUCCCCUCGUCCUCCGUCCCUUCCUCAGCUCACAACGUCACUGCUGCCUCCAAUUUCUCCAUCUGUCUCACCACCUCCCCUCCACUUCCCUCCAGACGAUCCCUCUCAGCGGUCUGUCUCUCACCCCUCAAGCUCUCCUUUUCUUUCUAGUCCGGUCACGACAUGUCCCAUCUCAGAGCCAAAUUUUCCCCUUCCUCCCGCUAACAUUGCCCCUCCACCCUCCACUCAGCGCUGUCCCCCCACUGCCCCAACUGUACCACAUCAAGGACGUAGGUCGCCUAAGGUGAAGCAGGAUCCAAUUGUUGGUGGUAAACCCCCUCGUAGCCCCAUCUUGUCCCGGAGGUCCUAUCUGUCACCCGUUAGAGGUCGAAGGCGGUCAGUACAAGAUGCACUCCACGGUGGAGGAGACCCGUACCAGGCGCUGUACAACUACAUGCCUCGCAAUGAGGAUGAGCUGGAGCUGCGGGAGGGAGACGUCGUUGAUGUGAUGGAGAAGUGCGAUGAUGGCUGGUUUGUUGGGACCUCUCGAAGGAGCAAGUUGUUUGGAACCUUCCCAGGAAACUACGUGAAGCAGCUAUAAUGAUUCCAAACUCCCGCUGACCCCGCCCCUUUCUAUGACCCGUUCAUCGCCCUCCUCAGCACAGCACCCGCAGGACAUCAACAAAGACCUGCAGCACACGUUUGUGUUUGCGUGUAUGUGUGUGGCUUGUCAGCUUCACACAGACAAAAUACUUAGCUCUAACUAGCCAUCUUUAAUGGAAGACUUCUAUAAAGUAAUAACGCAUUUUUUAAACUUAUCUUUUUACCCUUAUUUUUCUAUUAUGGAGAACCGAAGAUUUGUGCUGCACCCAGUGACCUUUGACUUUUGACAAUAACGGAAGUAUAUCUGCAGUGAUGCUUUCCUUUCUUUUUCAGUUGUUUAAGGACAUUAAGAUCACCAAGAAUACCUUUUUUUUUCUCCAGUAACUCAAAAUUUAAAUCACUUAUAGUUAACUUCAGUGUUUAUUUACAGAUGUCUCCACAAAGAUUUAGUGCAGAGAGUGUUAAAGGAAAGCAGUAUUGUGUCAGAGGCCAGAUGUGUUUUGGCAAAUUAGGAGCCAACGUGUUGCAUCAUCAUGCCAGGUAAAAGGAUGGUUCAGCAAAUGUUUUUUUGUUUUACUUUGGGGGAUAUUAUUUAAUAAAAUGAACAAUAAGUUUAAAUACUGCAGACGUGAAGAAAAACACUAUCACAGACUUAGCUCCAGAUUAGUAAACACGUUGUUGCUGUUCAGUUAUUUUCACGUUAGAAUUGAAGCACUUUUACUGAACUUGAUCACAAACAAUCUCUUUGGUUUCUUUUUUUAACCUCACUUCAGAUUUUACACAGCAGAGGUCAUUUUGACUGCGCCUGGCUUCGGGGGAGAGGAGUGUGUUGAAAGUGUAUGCAGAAAGGUUACUGACCUUUUUUUAGGUAUUAUAUUUAUUAGAAGACGAAGGCUGGUCUCACUGUGUUAUACGAUGAUUUUUAGAAAGAACGGAGCACCACAUUGUUUUUUUUGGGAUUUUUUUUAAGCAUAUUUUAACAGUACCUAACUUACAUUUGAAUGAUUGUUAUUUUAUGGUCAUCAUUAUUCAAAGUCCAGGUUCUGAGUGAUUACAGAAAAACAAAAACACAAUGGUUAAUGGGCUAAAAAGAACUUACUGUUGUUUUAUGAUGAAUUUAUUUAAGUCAGAUACAGGACGGGAAUUUUGAAAACCUUUGGAAAUCACAGAACUGCUGUUGGAUCUUUUAUAGCUGUUGUCAGAGUGAGUGGGUAGUGUGUCAUUACUCAUGUUUGUACUGUUGUGAAAUGAUUGGCAAUUUCCAUCUUAGCGUGUCGUUCUCAGUAACUGAUCUCUGUUUUGUUUUCUUCACAAAGAAUGGACACUGACAACAAAACGAUGUAAAAGCACCUUAAAAUAUUUUAUCAUUCACUGUCCUUCACGUCACUCUCUGUCAUUCACCAUUUCAGCCGGCGUGAGUUCACUGUGUGCGAGUGUGAGCGUGUCGUGUUUUUGUAAGCCUUUUUUUGUUUUUGUAUGUGAGCUGUAAAAUGGCCAACAUCCACUUGCUUUAUAAAGUCGGCUUUUUCUCAUCCACCAUCA